AUGACGGCUCAGGAUCAAGGUUUACAGGACAACCCUUGGUUCUGUGACUGUCACAUUUCCAAAGUGAUUGAGUUGUCAAAAGUUGCUGACCAUGCUGUUGUACUUGUUGACCCUCUGAUGGUCUGCAGUGAACCUGAGCGCCUGGAAGGAAUCUUGUUCCAGAGGGCGGAGUUGGAACAGUGUCUGAAGCCAUCAGUGAUGACCUCAGCUACCAAAAUCACAUCCGCUCUAGGCAGUAAUGUUCUCCUGAGGUGUGAUGCCACUGGCUACCCCACCCCGCAGCUCAUGUGGACCAGAUCCGACGGCUCACCAGUUAACUAUACAGCACUGCUCAAUCCACUCCUUUCCCGGCACUCCCGGCCCCUGGUGAUGUCUUACUACACUGGCGCCGGAAGAAAAGGUGAACUUAAGUCACUGUCUGUUGACCUUAGAACCACCGAGACCAUGCUGCUGUCCCUCACCUUCCUGCCUGUAGUUCUAAAGAUUAGUAUUGUCGCCGGCGUCACAGCUCAGCAGCCCGGGAGCUGUCAGCCGGGUCCCGAAAGAAGCCCGACUUCCACUUGUGCAGAUCCUGCACCCUUCCUAAUUUUCUCUCAUGGAAACAAUAUCUCUCGGAUUGAUCCAGAAGGAACAAAUCACCAGCAAUUGGUGGCAAAUGCUGGCAGCUCAGUGAUCAUGGAUUUUCAUUACAAGGAGGAGAGACUCUAUUGGGUGGAUUUAGAAAGACAACUUUUGCAAAGAGUUUUUCUUAAUGGGUCAGGACAAGAGACAGUGUGUCAUGUAGAGAAGAAUGUUUCUGGAAUGGCCAUAAACUGGGUAGAUGAAGAGAUUCUCUGGGCUGAUCAACAGGAAGGAGUCAUCACCGUGACAGAUAUGAAAGGCAACAGUUCUCACGUUCUUCUAAAUUCCUUAAAGCAGCCGGGAAAUGUAGCAGUGGACCCAACAGAGAGGUUGAUAUUUUGGUCUUCUGAGGUGGCCGGCCGCCUUCACAGAGCAGAUCUCAGUGGGGUGGAGGUGAAAACGCUGCUGGAGACACCGGAGAGGAUAGUGGUACUGACUCUGGAUGUACUUGACAAGCGCCUCUUUUGGGUUCAGGACAGCGGAGAAGGAAGACAGGCUCACAUUUGUUCCUGUGAUUAUGACGGUGGCUCCGUCCAUCUUCUCAAACAUCAGACACAGCACGGCUUGUUUACAAUGGCCCUUUUUGGUGACCGUAUCUUCUAUUCAACAUUGAAAACGAAGGCGAUUUGGAUAGCCAACAAACACACGGGGAAGGACAUGGUUAGAAUUAACCUCAAUCCAUCCUUCCUGCCACCUGGAGAACUGAAAGUAGUGCACCCACGUGUACAGCCUGGGACAAAGGACGACUGGUUUGACCCCGAUGUCAAUGAGUGUGCCUUUCAGAAUCAUGGCUGUACUCUUGGGUGUGAAAACACCCCGGGAUCCUAUUACUGCACAUGCCCUGCAGGGUUUGUUCUGCUUCCUGACGGGAAACGAUGCCAUGAACUUACUUCCUGUCCAAGCAACACAUCUGCAUGCAGCCAUGGCUGUGUUCUGACAUCAGACGGUCCCCUAUGUGUCUGUCCCAAAGGUUCAGUGCUUGAGACAGACGGGAAAACGUGCAGUGGUUGUUCAUCACCUGAUAACGGUGGGUGCAGCCAGAUAUGUCUUCCUCUCAGCCAAGUGUCCUGGGAAUGUGGAUGCUUUCCAGGGUAUGACCUACAAUCGGACCAAAAGAGCUGUGCAGCGACAGGACCACAGCCAUUUUUACUGUUUGCAAAUUCUCAAGAUAUCCGACACAUGCAUUUCGAUGGAACAGACUACCGAACUCUACUCAAUCAGCAAAUGGGAACCGUUCUCGCCCUAGAUUAUGAUCCAGUGGAAAACAAGAUAUAUUUUGCACAGAAAGCCCUGAAGUGGAUAGAGAGAGCUAAUAUGGAUGGCUCCCAGCGAGAAAGAAUUAUCAAGGAAGGGGUAGACACACCAGAAGGCCUUGCUGUGGACUGGAUCAGCCGGAGAAUCUACUGGACAGACAGCGGGAAGUCUCUCAUUGGAGGCAGUGAUUUGAGUGGGAAGCAUCAUCAAAUAAUCAUCAAGGAGAACAUCGAGAAGCCACGAGGAAUAGCUGUACAUCCAAAAGCCAAGUAGGGGCUUUUUUUGGAGUGGACGGACACAGGAAUGUAUCCACGGAUUGAAAGCUCUUAUCUUCAGGGUUCUGGCCGGCUACUGAUAGCCAGCUCUGAUCUGUGGGAGCCCAGUGGACUCACGAUUGACUACUUAACAGACACUUUGUAUUGGUGUGACACCAAGCAGUCUGUCAUUGAAAUGGCCAAUCUGGAUGGUUCCAAACGCCGAAGACUUGUCCAGAACGAUGUAGGUCACCCAUUUGCUGUAGCCGUGUUUGAGGAUCAUGUGUGGUUCUCGGAUUGGGCUAUCCCAUCGGUAAUAAGGGUGAACAAGAGGACUGGCCAAAAUAGGGUACGUCUCCAAGGCAGCAUGCUGAAGCCCUCGUCACUGGUUGUGGUCCAUCCAUUGGCAAAACCAGGUGCAGAUCCCUGCCUACACAAGAAUGGUGGCUGUGAACAUAUCUGCCAAGAGAGCUUCGGAACUGCUCAGUGUUUGUGUCGUGGAGGUUUUGUGAAAGCCCGGGAUGGGAAAACGUGCCUUGCUCAGAAGGGUGAUAACACUGAGCUAAAUAAAGAAGCAACACCAUUGGACAACUUAACUAAGGCUGAAGCACCGGAAGAUACCAGUACAGAAUCCCAGCACACAUUAGUGGCUGAAGUCAUGGUGUCAGAUCAAGAUGAUUGUGGCCCUGGGGCAUGUGGCAGGCAUGCUCUCUGUGUUUCAGAGGGAGAGACUGCUGUGUGUCAGUGUUUGGAAGGAUUUGCUGGGCAUGGAAACCUGUGUUCUGAUAUAGAUGAAUGCGCGCUGGGUAGCGCAAGCUGUCCUACCACGUCAUCCGAGUGUAUUAACACCGAAGGUGGCUAUGUCUGCAGGUGCUCUGAAGGCUAUGAAGGAGAUGGGACCGACUGUUUCGAUAUUGAUGAGUGCCAGCAGGGGAUGCACAGCUGUGGGGAGAAUGCCAACUGCACCAACACGGAGGGAGGUUACAACUGCACUUGCCUGGGCCGCCCAUUUGCACCUGGACUGCCUUGCCCCGAUAAUUUCCUUCAUUCAAAAGGUAUUGAAGGCUCUACCUCACCCCCUAUCCUUGGGGAAGAUGGCCGCCAAUUGGUCAGAAACAGUAACCCAGGAUGCCCACCGUCACAUGACGGAUAUUGUCUCCAUGGCGGUGUGUGCAUGUAUGUUGAAGCAGUGGACAGCUACGCGUGCAACUGUAUCGUCGGCUAUGUUGGGGAGCGAUGUCAGCACCGAGACUUGCGAUGGUGGGAGCUGCGCCACGCUGGCCACGGGAAGGAGCGCGACAUUACUGUGGUGGCUGUCUGUGUGAUUGCACUAGUCCUGCUGCUCCUGUUGGGGACCUGGGUGGUUUACCACUACAGGACUCAGAAGCAGCUAUUGGAAACAGCAAAGAACCCAUAUGAAGAAUCAAGCAGAAACAUGAGCAGUGAUGGGCCUGACUGCAGUGGGGCUGGGAUAUCUUCUUGCCCCCAACCUUGGUUUGUGGUUCUAGAGGAACACCAAGACCCCAAGGGGGGGAGUCUGCCUGUAGCUGGCCCCAACGGCCCUGAAGUGGAUGCUGGGUCAGUGCAUCUGAAUUCAUGGAGACAGAAGCCCCACAUAUAUGGAAUGGGCACAGGGCAAAGUUGCUGGAUCCCACCACCAAGUGACAAGGGUCCUCAGGAAAUGGAGGGAAACGCCCAUUUACCCUCCUACAAGGAAUGGCCUCUAACUCUGGGGGUUGAGAAGCUUCCUUCUCUCCAGUCAGGUAAUGGAUCAAGUCAACAAAGGGCCCCAGAUCUACCACACCAAACAGAGCCAACUCCGUGGAAAUUGGAAGCAGAUGAACGAUGAAAGAGCAAACCAGACCAAUGGGAUGUUCUCAUUUGAAAAUAGAUCUACAUGCAGAUUGGUAUUCCAGUCUCUAUGGCUAAUCCACCACUCAGUGUCCUGAACAUAGCGGCACAGCUGCAUAGCUGUGAGUUUUGCUUCUUCCUUCAAGCAGUCCCACUGAAGACUUUCAAAAGAAAGAGCCAAGAAAAUCAUUAGAAACCAAAGUCAAGACACUCACACGUUGUAAGCUGUGUCUUCUUCAAUAGAUGUUUUUCUUCCUUUCCUUGUUGCCUCAGAAGAAAUGAGUUAAAGCAGGUGAUCACACAUUUUGUCAGUUGCAAAAUAAUUUAUACGAUCUACACAAAAGCCUUAGCUCAGUCCCAUAAAAUGGUUGGAACAUUAUAACUAUUGCUGAGAUAUACUAUGCACAUUU